CUUUCCAGACCUAACUCGGGCUCCUUUGGGUUCAGCAUAGUCGUAGUUUCCUCUGGAAGGAUCCCUUGGCCACAAGCUGGGUCGGGCACCUGCUCUGGCGCACAGUGCUGGGUCUACGGGGAACCCCAUGAUGCAGGGACCUUAUCACGCUCAUGACUGUAUCCCCAGAGCCUAGAACUGUGCUCGGCAUACAUCAGGUGCUCAAUAAAUAUUUGCUGAAUGACUGAAGGCAUCGUGCCAGCAUCGGGAUGCCAGCAGGCCCCGAGGGAGCAGGGGAGAUGGAAGGAAAACUCCUGGACUCCUGCCACGCCUUACAUUAGCAGCAUCUUCUCCGAGUCCGACAGCCGGCCCCCUGGGAUGCCAUUUGAGCCAGCUGAAUUCCGGGCACUGCUUCACUUUGGAAAGGCAGCCACAGCCCUCAUCAAGCAGCCCGGUAAUUGACGUCACAGCG